AAUCUUAAGUCUACACGAGUACAUUUAGGCAGGUGGAGCUUCGCUAACGCGCACCCUUCUCUUCUGCAGACUAAUCGGAAAUUUAAGUUCACCGAUCGACGUCGAUUUUCCGACGGAGAUUGCGGACAAAUACACUCACUCUAUCUCUUCCACUCACCACUUCUAAUGGCGGCUCUUAGGAGAAUCGCGGGAAAAAGCAGUAUCAUAUCAACUUCUCUUCUUCCUCCUGCUCUUUUGGUUUGCUGCCGCAGCAUAGCUACUAAGCUCUUUGUUGGAGGAUUGUCAUUUUACACCACAGAGAAUGGUUUGUCUGAAGCUUUUUCGCAAUAUGGUCAAGUUGUUGAAGCUAAAAUUGUAAGUGACAGAGUCUCUGACAAAUCAAAAGGUUUUGGAUUUGUCACCUUUGCAUCUGAAGAUGAAGCAUACACAGCUCUAGGCGAGAUGAAUGGAAAGACGCUGAAUGGAAGAGUUAUAUUUGUGGAGGUUGCAAAGCCCAGGACUGGAUUUCGUGGGGAAUUGCCUAUUGCUAGGGGGCCUCCUGAACCAUCUGAGAUGAUACAUAAGUCGCAAGAAGACUUGCAGACAGAAUCAGAUAUUCACAAACCAAAUCUCAGUUAAAAGCUCGUCCCAUAUUCUCUGUUGUGCACAAGGUUAAUUGAUCAGAAAAUAUUGCACCAGAAUCUUGUCAAUGGAUUAUUAGUUGAUAACAAAACACUGUAGAUCUAGCUGUGCAAAGAUGGUGGUUUCAGAAUUUUAGUGGGGUCCAGAUGUUUAUUUUUCGGCUUGAAGUAUGAUUUGCAGCCUGUUACCUUUUCU